ACCCGAAGAGUCGUCACUUCCUGCAGCUGCGGAGCGUAAAAUGGAGUCAAAGAAAGAACCUGAGAAUAAAUGCACAUAAUUGUCUGCCAUUGAAUAAGAGACUAUGAUGGAAAAGACAUGGAAGUCAUGGACAUUUGCCAGGAGAUGGGUGAUUACCUUGGUCUCUUGGUCCUGGAGUCUAUGCCGAAUUUCUCUGCUUGCUUUGAUACUAACCUUUCAUUUAUAUGGAGGGUUCCUCUUGCUCUUUUUGAUUCUUGCAUCAGUAGCAGGAAUACUUUACAAAUUCCAAGAUGUACUCCUUUACUUUCCAGAACAACCACCGUCAUCACGUUUGUACAUUCCUCUCCCCACAGGGAUCCCAUAUGAAAACCUCUUCAUUAAAACCAAAGACGGAAUCCGACUCAAUCUGAUUCUGCUGAGGUACACUGGAGAUAAUGCACCAUAUGCACCAACCAUAAUUUAUUUUCAUGGGAAUGCAGGUAAUAUUGGUCACCGGAUACAGAAUGCUCUGUUGAUGAUGGUCAAUCUAAAAGUUAAUCUAUUGCUUGUAGAUUAUAGAGGUUACGGAAGGAGUGAAGGGGAACCGAGUGAACAAGGCCUAUACUUGGACUCAGAGGCUGUACUGGACUAUGUCAUGACCAGACCUGACCUUGAUAAAACAAAAGUAAUUUUGUUUGGUCGCUCCUUGGGUGGAGCAGUAGCUGUUCACUUGGCUUCUGAGAUUCCUCACCGAAUAUUUGCAAUAAUGGUUGAGAAUACGUUCUUGAGUAUCCCACACAUGGCCAGCACUUUGUUCUCCUUCUUUCCCAUGCGGUACCUUCCACUUUGGUGCUACAAGAACAAAUUUCUGUCCUACAGUAAGAUUUUACAAUGCAGAAUGCCUUCUCUCUUCAUUUCGGGAUUGUCAGACCAGUUAAUUCCACCAGUCAUGAUGAAACAACUUUAUGAACUGUCCACAUCACGGACUAAGAGACUAGCCAUUUUUCCAGAUGGAACUCACAAUGACACUUGGCAGUGUCAGGGCUACUUUGCUGCUCUGGAACAGUUCAUCAAAGAGUUAUUAAAGAACCACUCACAUGAAGAAAUAAAAACGUCAUCUAAUGUAACAAUCAUUUGANUUUUUUUUCCUGCAGGUGGCAGUAUAUUCAACAGUUUUUAAGCUGUUUCGUGAUUGGAAUUUUUUAAAUUUACAACAACCAGAAAGCUGACCUUUAAUUUUGGGAAGACCUUGUUUGUUACAUCAUCACAAAUUGUAAAGCAUUUUUACCUGUUUGAAUGCAUGAGAAAGGUAUACAGUUUCAUAAAUAGCUUUACUCAUCAGAUCAGCUGACUUGUCCCAUUACUGUAAUUAAAACGGUUGCCUUUUACGAAUACUGUAUAUAUCACUGUGAAAUAAGGUGUGUUCACUACACAGAAUGUUCUUAAUUUUGCAGAAUGACCAUUAAUAUAAUCUUCAUCUUUCUGAACUAUAUUUUCUGUGUAAGUGGUAACAUUUAAAAAUGGGAGGUGCCAUUCCAUUUAUUCGGAAUAGCUAUCAGGAUAUGCAAGAGCUUUCAGUUGCAGAAAAUUAUUAUACUUGCAUUAUUUGUUAAACUGAAUAGGACAAUUGUUCUUGCUUCUUAAUUGAAGUUGGUGGACUCUUCAGAGGUUUGCAUAACAUAAGAAAAAUGAUAACCAUUUAGAAGAGACACACAAAAAACGUAGAAAUCAUUACACUCUUGAAAUUUUACGUACUCUUUAACCACACAUCAAAGAAACGUUCCUUUUUCUUCACUAACCUUAAAUUCAAGAUCAAAUGCCCAGUUAAAAUCAGUUCUGAUGAUGUUUCAAUGUUGUUCAAAAUCUGUCUCUUAGAUUCCUGCUAAAUAAACUUUGUAGAUACACUGAGGCCAUUUUUUUGACAUUUUGAAUUGAAGUGGAACCAUGCAGAACGAAAUCAACAGACCACUGAGCAACAGACCACUCUCUAUUAAAAGAUUUAGAACUGCUCAAUACUAUAUUUUAGCCUUAGUAAUGUGCUGUGUAAGGCAAGUCCCCAUCUACAACACUUGGAGACCGUUUAAUUCUUCAUAGCAAUGUAGUUAGUUGCAUCUGUUCACAUUUUUGAAUAUUCCUUGACAAGCCUUUAAUCUUUCUCUUUUUAUUCUAAGAAUUGCUGUCUUGUUUUGACUUGAACAAUUCUUUUUCUCUAAAACCUUUGGCCAAAAAAGGCUUCAGUAAGGUAAAACCAGAUUACUGAAAACCUGCAUUGAGCCAUUCAACUCAAAAACACCAGAAGUGAAAGUUUUUUACACCUACCAAGAAAUUGCAAAGCAGUAUUAUUAGUACAAAUACUGUAUUCUGAAUGAAUGUAUAAAAACAAAAUCUUUGACAGAAAAGGUAUGUAACCAAUGCAGUUUUUUCAGAAAUAAAGGCAAGUACAGGAGAAAAUGCUGUAGCCGAGCCUUGCUAAUGUUACAGUAUUCAAAAUGGAAAUGUUAUCAGGAUUGAAUUUCUUUGUAACUUUUGUCAAGCAAAGCCUUUAAACCUCAACUGUAUAGAAAGUAAUUUAAAGUCAAGGGUAUAAUGCAAUGAGACUCAAUGAGGGAAGUUUGAGUUCAUUCAACACUUGAGCAAAUGUACUUUUGAUGCUGGUGAUUCCAUUAUGCCAUUUAGAAAAAUAAGGCACUGCUGCAAAUUCAUUUGUAAAUUGCUUUGAAAGUACUUGUACACAGUUUCUGCAUUUGCACUUUGCUUUGUUGACUGCAAUGACCACCAGCUGAAGUAAAAAUAAUUAGAAAUAGAAAUUUUGAGUGCAGUUUUUUUUUAGCCAUGGUUAAGGGUGCAAUAAAAAUACACAAUAUUAUAUUGUUGUCAUUGAGCAAAUGCAGCUCAGGAUCACUUCAGACAUAAUGGACUACCCCAUUGAAAAUCAGAUAAACAAUCACAGAAUUAGGCACUUAUUGGAGCAGGAGUAUUGAAAAAUAAGUGACACUAUAUUGAGCUCAGAAUGCAAGCAACAAAUCUUCCAAUGCAUGAGAAGCUUCUUUCUCUAAUUUGAAGAAAUGAUCUGCAGCUGAUUAUGUCAAUCUCAUGACUCAACAACUGGUAGGCCUGCAGGAAGUCUGUUGGUUAGCAGCAGACAUAUUUGUAUCCCAGCCUAAAGUCUUGGUUUUACUGAAAAAAGAUUGUAAUCCCACUUCCUUAACUUGUAAAGUGCAUAAAGAUUGUUGGUCAUGCCAUUAAAUAAUGAAUUGUGUGUGCAGCUGAAA